CUUUGCAUUGCCUCUGAACUCUGAUAUUGAUGUAUUUCGAGUGUAUAUUGUCUUUUAACUGUCGGUUCGUUUUUGUGAGUUUAACCGCUCUUCAUUUUCUUCAUGGUUAAGUUGUACCCCGUGUGCCUUACGUCGCAAAGGGUAUACGUUACCUAUUAGAAACAAAGUGAAUGUGAAAUGUAAAUGACAUGUCAAGAUGCACAAGUAAUUUUAAAAUGAUUCAAUUUGAUAUCAUUUCCAAAUGGUUUGGGAUGAUACCUUACGUUGCAAGGGUGUACUACCUUUUAGAAAGAAAAAAAAAAGUGAAUGUGAAAUGUAAAUGAAAUGUUAAGAUGCACAAGUAAUCUACAGUUUAUUCAAUUUGAUGUCAUUUCCAAGUGGUAUUGACUUGUCUUGUAUGUGUACGCGUCUUUGUUGUGGUUUUUUUAUUAGCUUUCUACUUGCUGACUACAGUGAAGCUUAAUCGUCAUUAUGUUUUGUUUUGUCAUGCUCUCUCGGUUUACUACUCUUAUGCCCAGGGUCUCUAUAUUUUAUCUUAAUUGAAAGAUUCUUUUGUCUAACUUUUAUAAUCAAUAACAACAAAAUCUUAUAAGAUCGGUUACAUGGAUCACAUAACAUUUUUUCUGGUAUGAUUAAAACCAAACCUUUUUUUUAAGCCAUUAAAGCCAAACUUUUAUAAUCAAAACGUAUUCUUAUAUUCUUAAAACAUAAUAAAUAAACUGUUGGAAAACUUGGCAGAGAAGAAAAAAGUUGGGAGAAAAUAGAAAAAUCCAUUAUCUGAAAGUGAGAACGUGCAUGGAAAUAGUAUAUGAAAGAAGUUAAUUUCGUAUACAACAUGACAUAAUAGAAGACUGUAUGCCCGUAACUACUCCUAACAAACGAAGUGAACUUGCUAACAAAAUUGAGCUAACUAACUUUGAGUUAAUCACCAACUCUGGUAAUAUAAACUAUUUAACAUAAGUAAGUGGCUAUAAAAGGAAUGCCACCUUUCAAUGAUGAAACCAAAAUUAACAAUAUCCUAGAAUUCACUUUGGUUCCCUCGAAGUUUAGCUUGCGUUACAUCGGUGGAUCACAUAGGUUUUGUUUAAGUAUGAGUCAGGAGCUGAAAAAAGCUGCCUCUAAGGGUCAUGAGAAAAUGGUAACAUCACAAGAAGAGCAGGCAAAGAUCACUGAGGUUAGAGGGUUGAUAGGGCCACUAUCAGAUAAGGAAUCUGUGUACUGUUCUGAUGCUUCCAUCUCAAGGUAUUUAAGGUCGCGAAAUUGGAAUGUCAAGAAGGCAGCUCAAAUGUUGAAACAGAGCCUAAAAUGGAGAAAAGAAUACAAACCUGAAGAGAUUCGCUGGGAAGAGGUUGCUGAGGAAGCACAGACAGGGAUGAUGUAUAAACCAAAUUAUCAUGACAAGUAUGGGAGAUCAGUGCUUGUAAUGAGACCUUGUGUCCAGAAGUCAUCGUCAACACAAGGACAAAUUAAGUAUUUUGUAUACAGCAUUGAGCAUGCCAUUUUAAACCUUCCACCACACCAGGAACAGAUGGUCUGGCUGGUAGAUUUCCAGGGUUUCAAGCUGUCAGAUAUAUCAUUCAAGGUGGCACGUGAAUCUGCCCAUAUUCUGCAAGAGUAUUAUCCAAAGCAGCUGGGUUUAAUAAUACUAUACAAUGCACCUAUGAUCUUCCAACCAUUUUUCUCGAUGGUAAAGCCCUUUUUAGAGACUGAGACUGUUAAUAAAAUAAAGUUUGGCUAUUCGAACAACCACAACACAAAGAAGAUUAUGGAGGAUUUGUUUGAUAAGGAUAAUCUUGAAUCUGCAUUUGGUGGGAAUGGUGACACAGGAGUUGACAUAAAUAAAUAUGCUGAGAGAAUGAAAGAGGAUGACAAUAAGAAGCAUUCUUUCUGGACACAGGCCAAGUCCAUAUCAUCAGUUGCACAAAAUGCUCCGUCAGAUUCAAUCAGGUUAGAUGCAGUUUCUGAUGCUUCUAACACUAAGAAAAUAGACUGUUCCCGUGUCCCUAAUUGAUCAAUACAUCUUGGUUGCUCAAAGGGACAGAAAAGCCGUGGCGUUGUGGAAUGAGAAAUUACAUACCUAAAUCAGUGUUGAUUCAACUGUAAUGCAGCAAGAUGCUAUGACAUAUGUUCUAGUUUGAAACCCAGAUUCAAGACACCUAGUGUCAACUUCAUGUAUGAUUUAUGAUGAUAAAUAAUUUUUCCUUGUGCCUUGAA